CUAGGUCGAAGCUCCCCGCAUUCACCAGAACAAAGCCUCGUUGCGCCACAGCCAGACCGAACUCCAUCGCACUCACCAGAACCAAGCCUUGGUGCACGACAGCCAGAUCGAAGUCCAUUACACUCACCAGAACCAAGUCUCGGUGCAUCACAGCUAGGUCGAAGCUCCCCGCAUUCACCAGAACCAAGCCUCGUUGCGCCACAGCCAGACCGAACUCCAUCGCACUCUCCAGAGCCAAGUUUUGGUGUGUCAAAGCUAGGUCGAAGUCCACCGCAUUCACCAGAACCGAGUCUCGGUGCACUACAGCCAGACCGAACUCUAUCGCAUUCACCGGAACAAAGCCUCGUUGCGCCACAGCCAGACCGAUCUGCAUCGCACUCACCAGAGGCAAGCCUUGCUGCACGACAGCCAGAUCGAAGUCCAUCGCACUCACCAGAACCAAGUCUCGGUCGAAGUCCACCGCAUUCACCAGACCCGAGUCUCGGUGCAAUACAGCCAGAUCGAAGUCCACCGCACUCACCAGAACCAGGAACUGGUGCAUCACAAGCUCUUUCACCAGAACCGAGUCUCGGUGCACUACAGGCAGACCGAACUCCAUCGCACUCACCAGAGCCAAGCCUUGGUGUGCCACAGCGGGGUCAAAGCCCCCCGCAUUCACUAGAAUCAAGACUCGUUGCGCCACAGCCAGAGCAAACUCCACCGCAUUCACCAGAGCCAAGCCUUGCUGCACCACAACCAGAUCCAAGUCCAUCGCACUUACCAGAACCAAAUAUCGGUGUACCACAGCCAAAUCGAAGCCCCCCGCAUUCACCAGAACCAAGAACUGGUGCAUCACAAUCUCAUUCACCAGAAUCAAGCAUCCGUGCGCCACACUCAGGUCGAAGUCCACCGCACUCACCAGAGCCAAGCCACAGUGUACCACAGCCAGAUCAAAUUCCACCGCAAUCAUCAGAACCAAGCCUCGUUGCGCCACAGCCAGACCGAACUCCAUCGCACUCUCCAGAACCAAGCUUUGGUGUGUCAAAGCUAGGUCGAAGUCCACCGCAUUCACCAGGACCGAGUCUCGGUGCACUACAGCCAGAUCGAAGUCCAUCGCACUCACCAGAACCAGGAAUUGGUGCAUCACAAGCUCAUUCACCAGAAUCAAGCUUCAGUGCGUCACAGCCAGGUCGAAGCUCACCGAAUUCACCGGAGGCAAGCCUCGGUGCGCUACAGCUAGGUCGAAGCCCACCUCAUUCACCAGAACCAAGUUCGGGUGCACCGCAGCCAGAUCGCAAUCCACCGCAUUCGCCAGAACCAAGAAUUGGCGCGUUGCAACCAGAUCGAAUUCCACCACUUUCCUCAGAGCGAGGUAUCGACCCGUCACAACCUGAUCAAAGCCCACCGCGCUCAUUGGAAACGAGUGUCGUUUCGUCGGGGCGGAGCUCUCCGGAUUCAUCAGAAAUAAGUGUCGGAACGUCAGAGUACCUAAGCCCACCGCAGUCAUUAGAAUCAAAUGUUGGCGUAUCACAACCAAAUCGAAGUCCGCCGUUUUCACCAAAACUGAAUGUCGACGCAUCGGAUCGAAUUCCACCGGAGUACCUGGAACCAAGUAUAGGCGCAGUGGACCGUAGCCCGCCAAAUUCACCAGAACCAGCUAUUGGUGUCACACAGCGUGGUCAGGAUCCGCUGCUGACACAGGAACAAAACAUAGCUUCGUCUCGACAGACUCGUAGUCUGCAGAUACUGCCAGAACCAACUGCUGCUACAUCAGCAUUGGGUGACAGCCCAGAGCAUCCAGUGGAACCAAGCAUUAGUGCAUCAGAAAUAGGUUCCCACCUACCGUAUUCGCAGUUAACUCCCAGGGGAACUCAAUUCUCCGAAUUAAACAAACCUCAUUCUCUAGCAGGUUUACGAUCACCCGAUCUAAUAGCUGCAUAUUCACGACUCCGUGCGCAAGAAACUCCAACAGAUUUCUCCGAUCCCACAGAGUCUCGCGUUCCUUAUGCAUCCCAUUCACAACCACACGCCGAUUCAUGGAAUCAGCCGUCAACGGAGGGCGCGCAAUUGCUUAACUUCAUUCGAUCUGAGCUACAACAUUCCCAAUCGCAAAAAGCUGGAAGCUCUAGAACUGAAAUGCGUCCUGAACAUCCGCAACUCCCCCUCUCAGGUAUGGCAGCCGGUUCCAGUCCUUUAAGUUCACAUCAUCCGGGAGCAGUUUCGCAGGGUCCCCCGGAACCAAUUCUCAUUCGCCCGUCCCAGCAUCAGCUUCAUUCAGAUUCCAGUCCGACUGAUCUGGCUCUGUCGCAGCCUUUUUCCGAAUCCGGUCCAGAGUCGCAUUCGCAAGCAUCUCGCGCAACUUCUGACUCAACUGAUCCAGAGCAGUCAGAUGGCGUAAUGGAUCAGCUAUCUACAUGGUUAGGUUUAAAAGGACUGCAGUCACGCAAACCACGUUCAUCGUGCCGUCAUUGUUUGAUCAUUCAAGCGGAACCAGAUCCUGAAGUGCCCCAUUUUGACGGAUUGCGCCAUUUCGGCCAUAUGCGCCCACUAAACAUCAAAGUGAUGAAGGAUUUGUAA